GCCAAGGCCUUAGGCGAAUCGCUCCAGAAGGCGGGAGAUGUCGGAGCGGCGGCCAAGUACCUGGACAUGGCAAAGCAUCUGGAAGCGGCAGCGAAGCCCGUGGUUGUCUCGGACCACACGAGGAUGCAGCAGGCCCACUCCAUGGUGCGCAAGCUGGAGAAGCAGAUGGAGCAGCAGCUGGGCCGAGUCACGCGUCUUCGGGAACAACUCGUCGAAGCGGAAGCUUCGCUACGUUCGCUUCGGGAUCAUCUCGACCAGGCGGACUUGGACUACAAGGAGACGCUGGCGGCCCUGCAAGGGCCCCCUCAGCCUGCUGAGGGGCGGACUCAUUCUAUUUCUUUCAAGCUCGAAGGUCUGGUGGCAGGCGAUGUGGAUUUCGCCAAGCUCAUCGACUGCAGCCACAUGCUGGAGGAUCUCACGACGGACAACGACGUGGACGCGGCUGACAUCGAGCAGUUCCAGAAACGGAAGGAGGACCUUUCCUCUGGGGUCACCAAGUUGGCCAGGGACCUCUUCGCCCAGGUUCUCCUGGCGAUGCUGCUGCCGCGGCUGGAGCUGGAGCAGGGGCGCCUUCUGAAGGUGCCAAGGUCGCUGCGUCAGCUGCGGGGACGGCUGAGGCUGUCCAGGCCUCGGCUGCACCGCAAGAGGACAUUCGAGCCAAG